CAGACAGGAGCCUGGACCGGUGACGCAACGCGGGACAGGUAACACGGAGACGCGCAGGCCGGGAGGCUGCUCGCAGUGGAGACAGGGACAACUACUGGAAUGGACGUGUAGGAGCGACGGACAGCAGAGGCUCUCCUCCCCGCUCCCGACAGCUCUACCGCAAGCCGCGAACAUGUCGACGGUGGAAGCAGGCAGUCAGCGCGAGGACGGGGUGUACGGAAGAGCUGCCAAGCGGCUGAAAAUGGAGGAGCCGCCGCUGGAGGAGAAGGAGGACAGAGCGGAGGAUGAGCUGGAGGAGGGUGAGGACUCGGACAGCGGGUCGCUGCCCGGUAACGGGGAGGCAGAGACGGAUAGUCGGGCCCGAUGGAGCGGCAGGCAGUUCGGUUCAGGACGAAAGGAUAAUGGCGAAGACUCCCAUCUCAUCUCUCCUAGUCCGGUGGUCCAUGUCCGGGGUCUCUGUGAGGCUGUGGUGGAAGCAGACCUAAUCGAUGCCCUGAAGAAAUUUGGACCAAUAUGCUAUGUGAUGAUGAUGCCCUUCAAGCGUCAGGCCUUGGUGGAGUUCUCUGCAGUGGAGAGUGCUGAUCGCUGUGUGUCCUGCGGAGCGAAAGAGCCGGUGUACAUCGCAGGACAACAGGCUUACUUUAACUACUCCACAUCGAAGAGAAUCACCAGACCAACAAACGCUGACAACCCAAACAGCGGCAACAAGGUUCUGCUGUUGUCCAUCCAGAACCCACUCUACCCCAUCACAACGGAUGUUCUCUACACUGUGUGUAACCCCAUAGGCAGCGUGCUGAGGAUCGUCAUCUUUAAGAGAAAUGGAAUCCAGGCCAUGGUUUGAGUCAGUUCAGUUCAGUGUGCCCAGAAGGCCAAAGCAGCGCUAAAUGGAGCUGACAUUUAUGCUGGCUGCUGUACACUCAAGAUUGAAUAUGCAAGGCCAACACGUCUGAAUGUAAUAAAGAAUGACAAUGAGAGCUGGGAUUACACUAAACCAUACUUGGUCAGACGAGAACGUGGGAAAGGGAGACAAAAGCAGGCUAUUUUAGGAGAACACCCAUCAUCUUAUGCUGACAAUGGUUAUGGCCUGGCCUGCCCCCUGCUGCCUCUAACAAGCAAUAGCAGGUACAAGCUCAGCUCAGUGGAUGUCCCAGACAUGGUUUCCUACCCCCUGCCCCAGUCUUCCCCGUCCUACUCUGGCCACGCCCCUAGCUCCGUAGCCAUGGUGAGCGGCCUCCAUCCAUCCAAGAUGAACUGCACCCGCAUCUUCAACCUCUUCUGUCUCUAUGGUAACAUAGAGAAGGUGAAGUUUAUGAAGAGCGUUCCAGGUACGGCGCUGGUGGAGAUGGGAGACGAGUAUGCAGUGGACCGAGCCAUCACACACCUCAACAGUAUCAAGCUGUUUGAAAGACUCAAUGUCUGUGUCUCUAAGCAACACGCAGUGAUUCCCAGCCAGGUGUUUGAGUUAGAAGAUGGCAGCAGCAGCUACAAGGACUUCGCCAUGACCAGGAAUAACCGCUUCAGCAGCGCUGGACAAGCCUCCAAGAACAUCAUCCAGCCUCCGUCUGCUGUGCUACACUAUUACAACGUUCCUCCCUGUAUAUCCCAGGACCAGCUGCUCAAGCUGUGUAGGGAGCACGACGUGCCUGGCUUCAUCAAAUUCAAGAUGUUUGACGCCAAGCCCUCCUCUAAGACCAUCUCUGGGUUGCUGGAGUUUGACAGUAAGACGGAGGCUGUGGAGGCUCUUACUGUUCUCAAUCACUACCAGAUUAGGAUACCAAACGGAUCCAACCCAUACACACUGAAACUGUGUUUUUCCACCUCAUCUCAUUUAUAAAGGCUAUCAAGCACAAUCAGAGCGUUGCAGGCUGCUGAUGUGUGACUCUGAUGGAAGUAAGACUCAACAGAACCACGGAGAGACACUCUGCAGGUUAGCUACCUGGAUGAUGGUGAGAUGGUUGGUGAAAGAAAUGGAGAGAGUGAAGGAACAAACUGACCAGAGGGUCUGACCAAUGAAAACACCUGAGGGUGUGUUUACCACUCCGUCUGGAACAUGAAGGGAAAACCUGACCUGUCUGGAUUCUACCUGAACGUGGCUCUGACAUCUCUCACAGUUACUCAUGCACACGCUUUAAGAAUAUUUCCUGUUAAGACACCUGAUAAAUCCAUUGUGCUUUUGAAUAUCACUGUAAGAGUUUAAAUAAGUAGGAACAACGUUUUAAGUUCUCAUCCAGUGUUUAACGGUGCAUGUUCUGUAUUCCUUUCGUCUUGUGGCAGCUACAGAUAUUUCCCAGCUGUUUGGUCAGCAUGAGAUGCCUCCAUUGCUGAUCAGCUGGAGGAUGUAGGACACUGGAUACUUAGAGGCAAACAUUUCAAUAUAUAUGAAACUGAUUAUUUUGACACAACGUGUUGCCUUUUUACAGAAUCAUAUGAGAAUUUUAGCCAUAACUAUUUCAUGAGUCCUCAGGUAUUCAUGAGCAGGACUUCUCAUUUCACUCCAUCUGCAGGUGAGAGCGACAGACUGAAGCAGAGUGGCUGCAGUUGGUUACCAUAGAAAUCCUAACAAAUAUAUGCUGAUUAAUGUACAGUGUGUUUUAUGAUGGUCAUUUUCUGUGGCACAUCUGAACACAUCACUGCAUAAGUGGGAAGGAUGCUUUAAAGGGGCAGUAUUAUGUGAAAUGGACUUUUUUCAACUUUACCUCAUGUUAUAAUGUUAUUCCCUAAUCAAAGCAUACCUGGGGUUUUGCCUUAAUUCUUUCAUGCAUGUUUGAAAAAUCUUUUAAUUUCUAUGGCAGGGGUGUCAACAUCCAGUCCUUGAGGGCCGUUGAACUGCAACUUUUAGAUGUGCCUCUGCUGCACCACACCUGAAUAGAAUGAUGAGGUCAUUAGCAAGGCUCUGGAGAGCUUGUCUACACAAGGAGGAUGCAAUUAAGCCAUUUCAUUCCUGUGUUUUGUACUUGUGGCACAUCAAAAAACUGCAGGACAGUGGCCCUCGAGGACUGGAGUUUGACACCCCUGUUCUAUGGCAACCACUCUGCUGUGCAAAAUGCCUGGAUGGACCUAGUCCCGCCUUCGUGGCGCAGCUUCUCCUCCCAGUUUCCAAAGCUCUGCCUCACAGAGCAGCCCUCCGACGCAACUCCCUCAGGCAGCUCCUUCAGACUAGUCCGCAGCAACUAGCAAACACCUGGUAGAACUGCACAACGCCUGUAAGAACAUUGUUGAAGUGUCAAUGCAGGUGCAUUGUGAUGACUUCCUGAAGGUGGAGUUUCAGAAACGGGAGUUUCUUAAAGAUACAGUGGCCCAAUUUCAAGGUGUUAAAUUGCAAACUUAGUCAUAUUUAAUACAGCAUUUUUAUAACAGAAGGUAACAUAGUUACUUGGUUGUGCUAUAAAAUGAUACUAUAUGCCUGGAAACCACACAGUGCUGCCCCUUUAUAGCCUGAACCCUCAUUUGUUAAUCGCCACGGUUACUGUUCUGCACAUCAGCAAUGUGUUUAAACUCCCAUGCUGUCUGACAUAAAUAGAACAAUAUGCUACACCCUCACAUGGGUCAUUAAAAAGUUUUGGUUUUUA